CGCCAUCGUCUAUCAAAAUCGCGAUCUAGUUCGGUUCGUGUGCAGCAGAACGCAAAGUACAACAGGAUUUUUCCGUUCCGUGUGACGUGAAAAGUGCACAUUGUAUUUGUUCGAAUUAGUUUAAGGCUAGUUAACUAACUAAACAAAUAGCCAUGUCGUUUGCGGAAAAGAUAACGGGUCUGCUGGCCCGACCGAAUCAACAAGAUCCAAUUGGACCGGAGCAGCCCUGGUAUCUCAAAUAUGGAAGUCGAUUGCUGGGCAUUGUGGCCGCCUUCUUUGCCAUUCUAUUCGGCCUGUGGAAUGUGUUCUCCAUUCUCACUCUUAACGUAUCCUGCCUGGUGGCUGGCAUCAUUCAAAUGGUGGCAGGAUUUGUGGUGAUGCUCCUGGAGGCGCCCUGCUGUUUCGUCUGCUUUGAGCAGGUGAAUGUGAUCGCGGAUAAGGUGGACUCCAAGCCCUUGUACUUCCGGGCCGGGCUCUACAUUGCCAUGGCCAUUCCGCCCAUUAUUCUGUGCUUCGGACUUGCCAGCUUGUUUGGCAGUGGCCUGAUCCUUGGAACUGGCGUGGUCUACGGCAUGAUGGCGUUAGGCAAGAAAGCAUCCGCUGACGACAUGCGGGCAGCUGCACAGCAAACCUUCGGGGGAAAUACACCUGCCCAAACCAACGAUCGAGCGGGGAUUGUGAACAACGCCCAGCCCUUCUCCUUCACCGGCGCCGUGGGCACGGACAGCAAUGUGUGAUGGGGAAGGACGGUGAUCGGGAUUUCGAGGAAUCGAAGAGCUGGGUGUGCCGUGAGAAAACAAGACUCAAAACACAACAUUUGAAGGGCAAACCUAACCAAGAGAACAUCGGCAGGCAAUCUACAUAAUCAUGUGCAAUUUCUAAUUGUUCAAAAACCAACGCAAAUGGAUAUCCAAAGUUUUUAAAUCCGAUUAGCUCUGAUCUCUUUCAAGAGCAAUAAAAAUUACAUGAUCAGAAGCCCCCUAAAACAAAAUCAUUGAAUUAAAAACCAUUUUUGUAUUAAAUGUAUGUAAAUGUAUAUUGGUUUUAAAAGCGUUUUGCGUUUUCUGUUUCCUAUUAAUUGUGUUGCCUGUGUCCCAUCAUUCCAAAACAUUUGGUUUCAACUAAGUAGAAAUUGCAAAUAAAUUAAUGAACGACAUCACUAGCGAGGUGAAAAAAAUUAUGUAAAAUUUAUGUUUAGUCAUAGUUUAAAUAUACCUUAAAUAUAUUUAAAUGCAUAAUACUAAAA